CUCGGGCCGGGGAGCGCGGAGGAGCCAUGGCCACCACUAACGGGGCCGUGGAAAACGGGCAGCCCGACAGGAAGCCGCCUGCCCUGCCGCGCCCCAUCCGCAACCUGGAGGUCAAGUUCACCAAGAUAUUUAUCAACAACGAGUGGCACGAAUCCAAGAGUGGAAAAACGUUUGCCACAUAUAAUCCCUCAACUCUAGAGAAAAUAUGUGAAGUGGAGGAAGGAGAUAAGCCCGACGUGGACAAGGCUGUGGAGGCCGCCCAUGCCGCCUUCCAGAGGGGCUCACCGUGGCGCCGGCUGGAUGCCCUGAACCGUGGCCAGCUGCUGCACCAGCUGGCCGACUUGGUGGAGAGGGACCGUGCCAUCCUGGCUACGCUGGAGACGAUGGACACAGGGAAGCCCUUCCUUCAUGCCUUUUUCAUCGACCUGGAGGGCUGCAUUAAAACCCUCCGAUACUUUGCAGGGUGGGCAGACAAAAUCCAGGGCAGGACCAUCCCCACAGAUGACAAUGUUGUGUGCUUCACCAGGCAUGAACCCGUAGGUGUGUGUGGGGCCAUCACUCCUUGGAACUUCCCCCUGCUGAUGCUGGUGUGGAAGCUGGCCCCCGCCCUCUGCUGUGGGAACACCGUGGUCCUGAAGCCAGCAGAGCAGACGCCCCUCACUGCCCUUUAUCUCGGUUCUCUGAUCAAAGAGGUCGGGUUCCCUCCAGGUGUGGUGAACAUCGUGCCAGGAUUUGGACCCACAGUGGGAGCCGCAAUUUCUUCUCACCCUCAGAUCAACAAGAUAGCCUUCACUGGGUCCACAGAGGUUGGAAAGCUGGUAAAAGAAGCCGCCUCCCGGAGCAAUCUAAAGAGGGUUACACUGGAGCUAGGGGGGAAGAACCCCUGCAUCGUGUGUGCUGAUGCUGACCUGGACUUGGCAGUGGAGUGUGCCCAUCAGGGAGUGUUCUUCAACCAAGGCCAGUGCUGCACAGCCGCCUCCAGGGUGUUCGUGCAGGAGCAGGUCUACGCUGAGUUUGUCAGGCGGAGCGUGGAGUAUGCCAGGAAGCGGCCCGUGGGAGACCCCUUUGACGUCAGAACUGAACAGGGACCCCAGAUUGAUCAAAAGCAGUUUGACAAAAUCCUUGAACUGAUUGAGAGUGGAAAGAAGGAAGGGGCCAAGCUGGAAUGUGGGGGCUCGGCCAUGGGAGACAGGGGGCUUUUCCUCAAACCCACUGUCUUCUCCGAAGUCACAGACAACAUGAGAAUUGCCAAAGAGGAGAUUUUCGGGCCAGUGCAGCCAAUACUGAAGUUCAAAAAUAUCGAAGAAGUGAUAAAAAGAGCUAAUAGCACUGACUAUGGACUCACGGCAGCCGUGUUCACAAAAAACCUCGAUAAAGCCCUGAUGCUGGCUUCUGCGUUGGAGUGUGGAACAGUCUGGAUCAACUGCUACAAUGCCAUCUAUGCACAGGCUCCAUUCGGUGGCUUUAAAAUGUCGGGAAACGGCAGAGAACUAGGUGAAUAUGCUCUGGCCGAAUACACAGAAGUGAAAACUGUCACCAUCAAACUUGAUGACAAGAAGCCCUGAAGGAAAGGUGGGCUCCUUCAAACAUUGGACGGCUGAAUGUGGUAGAUCAAACUCGCCGAAGAAAACACUACAUUUCUGACCUUCCCGGGACACUUUCUUCUGGAGACUUUAAAUCUGCUAGAGUUGAUGAGUUAUAUCUUCCUCUCAUGCUCAUGUUUUAUUGACCAAACUGUGGAUGCCUAUAUGUUGUGUGCAAAAUUGCAGUCCUGCCUGGGGAGGGAGCUAUUGGCUAUUUCUGUUUUUCCCUUUAGACCAAGUCUGGAGACAGUGAAGAUACUCAGGGCAUUGUUAAGUGGAAGUGGUAUUUGAAGUGUCUGGCAGUUGCUUAAAAAUGCUUUACUGAAUCUGACUCCAGUAGGAACGUGGGGGAAACUUCCUCCAUGUUCCACAAGCAGGACCCUGCACCUGUGUUCUCCCCAGGGUUACCUGCUCGCAGAACAAGCCUCUCCUCUUUCCGAGGUAGGGGUGGGACCAUUCAGGGGAAACGGGUUAGCACAAAGUUUUUUUUAAAAAGGGGGACUUUGUGCGGAUCUAAUGUGGGGAGCUUUUGGGAAAUGCAAAUCAUGGAAGGGAGCAGAGGUCUUGGGCAUGCACAGGUGCAGGUCUUUGAGGACUGCAUAUGGACAUUGACCAUAAGAUUCAGCUUAAAACCAAUACUGACUUUGGAAUAUGACCCAAUCAACAGCCUAAAAAACUUACUCAAAAACUACAUCAUGGUCUACCCUAACCAAGACAUUUUCCUAAGCAGAAAACAUCAUUAGUAUCACCUUUGCUGCUAAGGAUCCAACGUUCUAACACCACAACAGCAUAGCAUAUCCGAGGAUAAUUAAGCCUUGCAUUUGACAAAUCAGAGCCAUAAUUCACUUUUAUGAAUUAUGCAUUUCUACCAUAUUCACUAACAGUUUAUGUUAAGCCUAUGUAGUUUUCUUUUUCUCCAGUUCUGUUAACCGUUUUAGAUUAGUAAAGCACACACAACUGGAAAGACUGCUGUUAUAAUACAGCCCCUGUUUUGAAAGUCCUAUUUUGACAUUAAUUUCUGAUUAGUUAAUAAAUAACACCUGAUUUCAUGGAGGAACUGGAUCAUUAUCCAAGUGGCCUAAAUAGUUCACAAAUAGGUUGUGGAAUAUCCUUUUCCUCUUUGGGUAUCCAAAUAAUGUGCGAUUCCAUGUUUUAACUUGGAAAACUGAAAGAGUUCACAUAUAGCUUUAAAACAAAAGCAAACAAAUUAUGUUAUUCGGAUACUCUUACUGUUACUAGCUUGUACUUUUCUAAUUGGGAAAUGGUGCUUAUGUGUGGGAAUCAAGUUGGAGGGGGCCAUGUUGAAAUGAAGCUAUAUGUCAGCACCAGUGUGUGUAUAAAGAAAAGUAUAUAUGAAACGGGGUUAUCAUCCCUGUUGGAGAUAUGCGACACAAAAUUUACUUUCUUCUCUUCCUCAGUUAACACAUCACUUAUACUACCAACAACUUGUUAAAUCAGGAUUCAACUUCAUACACUGAAUUUUCAGUAUUUUAUCUCGAAUAAUUAUAGACUGCAACUGUGA